AUGCGGAACUCUGAUUUAUUCUUGAAGGUUCUGUGGUUGGUUUUAUGUCAGGCCGCUGCAAGGUAAGUCCGAGGUUAACACACAAAGAAAGCUCCAUAAUACUAAGAGUUUGUGGUUUUAAUUUAACAAUAUUAACUGAGGUUUUCCUGAAAACUGGUUCGCUUUUAAUCAUUGAUUCUGGAAAUGUUUUACUGUAUUAUGCAAGCCGUUUAUCCUGCUGUCCAAUUUGGUCAAUCACGUGACCAACAGUAAACAGCUGAUAUAAUGUAACUCUCAGCUUCACAGUUACAUAGUAUAGGUUACAUAUGACCUUCAAUGCAUGACCUUCUUUAAAGCCCAGUUCUGGCUAUAGCUGGUUCUGUUGCAUCGAAUAAUCUCCCUGAUCCUCCUGGGUCACUUAGUUUUUUUAGUUUAUGCCCUACAAGCUCAUUUAGGGAAGAGUGGGGUAAGAUGAGCCAGUUUUUCAUAGUUUGAAUCACUACAUCAAGACAAUCAUAGUUUUGUCUCUAACUAGUGUAUCUGCAUAUAUUUCAAGAUGUUGUGCAUCCCUGCAAACCAACAGAAUGAGUGUAAACAGAACUGUCUUGAUAAUAUAGCAUGCCAAAAAAGUGGUCUCCUAAAGUGGUCUCCUAUGGUAAGGGGUAAGUUGACCAUGUGUAGUCCUCCUAGAUUUAAAUCUUCAUGUCUUUGGCCAGCAAUUUGUAGCUCUGUUGUUAUGACGCCCUACAUGCCCAUGUCUUUAUCCAUAGAUCUGAAUUAUAAUAUUUCAAUUGUUUGUUGUCUCACAGUAGUCGUGGCGAGACAAACAUGACCAGCAUGUUGGCAACACAAGCCAGUCGGGUCAUGGAAGUUGGAGAAUGGGAGGAACGCUGGCAGGAGAACAGGAUCGGUUUCCAUCAGCCUCAUGUACACAAGUAAAUGCUCCACUUUUCUUUUAAUGGGGAAAUUAAAAGAAAGUUCUGCAACUGCAUGUGUAAUUAAGCAAGAUUAAAAUGACCAGAAAUGUUGCAUCAAAUGAAUAAAGCUGUGGUUGGUAUAUUAGGAACAGCUUUGAACUGGUUUUAUUUGAAUUUAACAAAUCUUAGAUCUCAUAUGUCAAAUGAGGAGCAUGUUCCCCUCACUCUGAAGUGAACUGUGGAGUACCUCAGGGGUCAGUUUUUGGACCUAAUUUAUUUUCUAUCUGCAUGCUGCUGCUUGGUUGUAGAAUACAGAGACAGUAUAAUUCAUUUCAUUGCUGUACCGUUGACACUCAGACGAUACAAUCAACAUGAGAUUUUGAUUGCUUUUUUCUAUUAAGUCUAAAAGUUUAAGUGACAGAUUAUCAUCUAUAAAUCAUGAAUGUCAUUUUUUCACUAACUGUAUAAAUUUGUUUUGGCAGAAUGCUGGAGACACACAUUGAAAAAGUUCUUGCAGGACGGACAGGAGUUCGCUUCUUCUUCCCUCUGUGUGGGAAAGCUGUGGAUAUGAAAUGGUACUUGAUUCUACAAGAAGGAAAACAUUUUUUUUUGUUGUGUUAAAAAUGAAUGAAUAGGAUUUGAUCUUCCUGUGAGCUGAAUCCACUCCACUUUGUGUGCUACUACCAGGCUGGCAGACAUGGGCCAUUCAGUGGUGGGGGUGGAGAUAUCUGAAAUGGCAAUUAAACAGUUCUUUGAGGAGAACAAUAUGACCUACAGUGAAGAGGAUGUCCCCGCCAUACCAGGAGCAAAGGUCUACAAGGUAUUGAACUGUAAAAAUGAGUAAUCAGGGAGGAAAUCAGUGCAAAGAAACUGGGUAAGAUUUCAGAAACUGCAUCAUAACAGUAUUUAUAUUAAACACCAGCCAAUAACAGUUUUAAAAUUUGAACCACUCCUGUUUAGGAUGGAACAAACAUGUUAUUAUUAAGUGGAAUUUAAUACUACUCGACAACCAGUUCCAAUAUUAAUCAGCUAAGGCAUUUCAAGAUGUCUUUUAAACUGUUGAAAAGUCAUUUAUUAUUACAUUAAUAAGCAGUUUGGAGAGUAGGUUGUAUUACCACCCAAAGAUAAUUUAAUUAAGUCUCACCAGUGCUGUAUUUUUUAAAUAGCCCCUUUGGUGGCUUGAUUGCAGAAAAUACCCUUGUAGAUGUCUAGGACACAUUACUAUGUCUUGUUAUUGCAAAAAUAAGGCUGGACUUGCAUAACAGCACAGCAGCAUUUCCCUGAAGGUGAAAGAAUAACCAGAUUAUAUAACUGGAGGAAAUACACAUUGUUUUCACCCCAAUAUGUGUAGAAUCAUUAAUCAAAACUGUCUUUAUUCCACAGGGCUCAGAAAGAAACAUCUCCUUAUAUCAGUGUAACCUGUUCGACUUCUCCAGGUUGGAAAUUUACAGCUUGUACUCCUCUUCAUAGAACAGUUACAACUCACAAGCAAAUGUUUAACUGAAAUCUUGUGUUUCUGGAUAACAGUUCAGUUGGAGGUCAGUUCGGGGCAAUCUGGGACAGAGGAUCUCUGGUGGCCAUCAGCCCACGAGACAGAGAAAAGUAAGAGGAGACUGUAUAUCAGACAUUUUUACAGUUUUUUGUAAUAGCUUGGGAGGAAACUAAACUUUUGCUCCAAGUUUUCUAAUACAUAUUUUGUACAAUUUGACAGGUAUGUUGCUCUCAUAAUUUCCCUCAUGGCCAAAGACUGCAGAUACCUCCUGGACACCUUGCUGUACAAUCCUGAAUUGUAUCCAGGUAACUGUUAGGACGCCAAAACAAGAAAAUCCUGCUGUUUUUUGUCACCUAUUCAUCCAAAGAACCUGCAGAGUUUUAGUGGGUUUGCACAGUAUUUUAAAAUGUAAAAGCUUUCUGUGAUUAUAUAUUUUUCUUUGAGGCCCUCCAUUUCUUGUGCCUGAUGAACAAGUGCAAAGUCUGUUUGGUGAGUUUUGAAGAACAACCAUGAGUGUUUAGACUCACACUUUUAAAUCAACCACAAUAUACACAGCACUUUAAAAGUUCCAGGAUUCACAGGAGAAGUGAUUUUAGGAUGCUGCGUGCUAACAUUGUGCAUUUUUCCAUCUUAGGGAACAGCUGCAAUAUCGAAUUCUUGCAAACGGUGGACGCCUUCACUGAGAGGCACCGAGGCUGGGGGCUGGAUGCCCUAACUGAACAUGUACACCUUAUCACUCCUAAAAGCAGCUAG